AUGGGUGGUGGCGGCGAUGUCAAGAGCAAGAGCUCUUAUCCCCUCUUCGCCCACAAGCCCGUCGGCGUCUCCAAGACGAGCAUCCUCAAGGGCCGCAUCGAGCCCUUUUACAAGUCGGGCCAGUAUGACAAGGUUAACUUGCUAGCGAACCUUUACAACGCCAGGGUCUCGGGAAAACCACACGUCAAGCUCUAUGUCUGGAGCGCCCCUGGCCAAGAACGUCCGACGUUCAAAGAGGCAGUCUCCCACGACUUCAGCGAGACUAGCACCGGCGCCUCGUUCGGGCCCGCAUGGACGACCCACUGGUUCAGAGUCCAUCUGACGGUCCCUGAGGACAUCCAGGACGAGGAGCUCGUCAUAUUCGAGUGGGACGCCGGAAACGAGGGCCUAGUCUGGACUGACGAUGGUGUGCCUUUGCAAGGUUUGACCGGCGGAGACGAGCGUAUUGAAUGGAUUAUCCCCAAGUCCUUCCGCAACGCCAAGGAGCACAUUAUCUACAUUGAAAUGGCCUGCAACGGUAUGUUUGGGAAUGCGCCCAGCGGCAAGACCGGCAUCGCGCCACCCGACCCCGAUAAGUACUAUACGCUUAGCAAGGCCAGCAUCGCCGCCGUCAACGUUCCCGCCCGCAUGCUUCUAUUCGACAUGUGGGAGCUCGGUGACGCCGCGCGCGAGCUGCCCGAGGACUCGGCCGAACAGAACCAGGCUCUUGUCGUUGCCAUGAAGAUCAUCGACACUUUCCAAGUCGACAACCAGGAGUCCAUCCUCAAGUGCCGCAAGCUGGCUCAGGAGAUAAUCGGGCCCGAUGUCGAUUCGCAUCGAGUGUACCAAGUUGGCAAAGACCCGGUUGUGUUCGGCAUAGGUCACUGUCACAUCGACACCUGCUGGCUCUGGCCGUGGGCGGAGACAAAACGCAAGGUCUGUCGCUCCUGGUCCAGCCAGUGUGACCUGAUGGACCGCUACCCCGAGGCACACUUCGCUUGCUCUCAAGCGCAGCAGUUCAAGUGGUUGAAGCAGUACUAUCCUAGCGCCUUUGAGCGUGUCAAGAAGAAGGUGGAGGAGGGCCAGUUUCAUCCCAUCGGCGGCAGCUGGGUCGAGCACGACACCAACAUGCCGAGUGGUGAGUCGCUUGUGCGCCAGUUCUUCUAUGGACAGAGGUUCUUUGAGGCUGAGUUCGGCUCUCGCUGCCGCACUUUCUGGCUACCCGACACCUUUGGUUACUCGAGCCAGCUUCCGCAGCUCUGUCGCUUGGCCGGCAUGGACCGCUUCAUGACCCAGAAACUGAGCUGGAACAACAUCAACACCUUCCCGCACACGACGUUCAUGUGGGUCAGCCCCGACGGCAGCCAGGUGAUCUGCCACAUGCCGCCCUCGGAGACGUACACUUCGGACGCCAACUUUGGCGACCUGAGGCGAAGUAUCACUCAGCACAAGACGAUGCGCGUUGACGAGUCGUCUCUUCUGGUUUUCGGCAAGGGCGAUGGUGGCGGUGGCCCUACCUGGCAGCACUUCGAGAAGCUCCGCCGAUGCGCCGGCAUCAGCAACACCGUCGGAGCAAUCCCAAAGCUGAAGCUGGGUCUCACCGUUGAUGAUUUCUUUGACCGCCUGGCGCCCAAGGCCGACGACUUUCCGACGUGGUACGGAGAGCUGUACUUUGAGCUCCACCGAGGCACUUACACCACCCAAGCCAACAACAAGUACUUCAACCGUCAGGCUGAGGUCAUGCUUCGCGACAUUGAGCAGCUGGCUACAUUUGCGUCGAUCAAUGACAAGUCGUACAGGUAUCCCUCUGAGGAAAUCGACGACAUGUGGGAGGCGGUCCUGCUUUGCCAGUUCCAUGAUUGCCUUCCUGGAAGCUCCAUUGAGAUGUGCUACGACGAUUCGGACAAGCUUUACGGAGAGGUCUUCAAAACGGGGCAGAAGCUCCUCCAAGACCUGUACCGCUCCUUGGACGUCUCCAACGAGCACCCCGCCGACCUGCAUGAGUCCGUUGUCGUCAAUACUCUGCCUUGGCAUCGUAAGGAGAUUGUCGAGGUCUCGGACGCUGAGGUCGGCAUUGCCUGUGGAGACGGCCAACUGCUACCGCUGCGUGCUUUCAAGUCUCAGGACGAAAUGCCAGCUGUAUCGGUGACCGAGAACGGGGACGCAUUUGUCCUGCAGAAUGAUGACCUCCGAGUUGUUGUCGAAGACGGCUGCAUCACCUCCCUUUACGACCGCACCAAUGAGCGGGAAAUCAUUGAAAGGGGUGGAAAGGCCAACAAGUUCGUCAUUUUUGACGAUAUCCCGCUGUACUGGGAGGCUUGGGAUGUCGAGGUCUACCACCUCGAAACGCAGAGAGACCUGCAGUAUGGGAAGACCAAGGUCCACGAGAGCAAACCGCACAAGGUCACGCUGGUUACCGAUAUCAAAAUCAGCGGCAAGAGUGCCUUGAAGUCUUACAUCAGCCUCUCGGCAGCGAUCAAGGGUCAGCCCUCCCAGGUCAACUGCUCCGCCGAGGUUGACUGGCAUGAGGACUCCAAGUUCCUAAAGGUCGAGUUCCCAGUCAAUAUCGUUAACAACGAAGCAUCGUACGAGACUGCGUACAGCAUCACCAAGAGACCCACGCAUUACAACACGAGCUGGGACAUGGCCAAGUUCGAGGUCUGCUGCCACAGGUUCGCCGACUUCUCCGAGCACAACUAUGGCGUCUCCAUUCUCAACGACAGCAAGUACGGAUUUGCAACCGCAGGCAAAGUGAUGCGUCUGUCGCUGCUGCGCGCGCCCAAGGCGCCCGACGCUCACGCCGACAUGGGCAAUCACUCGAUCCGCUGGGCCAUAUUCCCCCACAAGGGGUCCUUGUCCUCGGCCACGGUCAAGGCUGCCUAUGCUUUCAACAACCCGCUGAAGCUGCUGUCGGCUCCGAAGGCUACGGUGGAGAGGCUUUCUGGUGCUCCGAUGAAACUGAUCAACCUCGACGAGUCCGCGUCGCUGAUGCUAGAUGCGGUCAAGCGUGGCCACGACGAUGAAGACGUAAGUCGGCGCGAAGGGCUCCGCACCAAUAAGGGCCAGAGCAUCGUGCUGCGCGUGUACGAGUCCUUGGGCGGCCGUAGCAAGGGUGCAAUUCGGACACAGCUCGAUGUGAAACGGGUGACCAAGACAAACGUUCUCGAGGACGAACUGGAGGAGAUCAAGUUUGCCAACGGCGAAUUUGCUCUGGAGUUGCGACCCUUUGAGGUGGCUACAUACAAGCUUCAGCUUUAG